AGUUGGCGUUAUCGGAAGCAGAAAGAACCUAGACAGACGACGAGACGUCGAUACAAGCAACUAACCCAUCAAGGUCGAAAUCCAAAUUUUUUGGCAAACCAGCUUUGAAAGGGACAUUGUAGUGAGCUGCAAAAAAUCGCUUUCAAGUUUAUCCUUGCUGAUUUUCAGAACUUACAUCAUUAAGUAAGUGUUCGAAAUUGCAUUUCGUUUCAGUGUUGAAGACAUGGCUGCCCUAAAUUUAUCAAAUAUGAAACCAGAAGAUUUCAAAGAGUUUAUGAAUUCUUUCGACACUGUCUUAACAGACUGUGAUGGUGUGUUAUGGAUCUAUUCAGAAAUCAUCUCAGGGUCACCACAAACUAUUAACAGACUGAAGGAGAUAGGGAAGAAAAUAUUUUAUGUGACCAACAACAGCACCAAAACUCGGGAUGAGUUGUACAAAAAGUCUCAAGAUAUGGGAUAUAAGUCUGAUAAAGAAGAAGUUGUGAGUACAGCAUAUCUUGCUGCCAAAUAUCUUCAAGAACAGGGGUUCAAAGACAAGGUUUAUGUUAUUGGUUCAACUGGUAUUACUCAAGAAAUGGAUAUGGCUGGCAUUAAACACACAGACAUUGGGCCAGACCACAUGCCUUCCUCUUUGCCGCAGCUCAUCAGCCAGAAGCUGGAUCCUGAAGUGAAGGCAGUUGUUGUAGGCUUUGAUGAGCAUUUCAGCUACCCAAAAAUGCUGAAAGCUGCCAGCUAUCUUGCCCGCAAAGAUUGUUUGUUUGUCGCAACAAACACUGAUGAGCAGUUUCCCAUGAACACGGAGUUGGUCAUACCAGGUACAGGAAGUAUAGUGCGAGCAGUAGAAACCUGUGGCGCUCGGAAUGCAUUUGUUGUUGGGAAGCCUCAUUCUUACAUAAGUGAGUUUCUUGUAAAGACUCACAAAAUUGAUCCCACUAGAACCAUUAUGAUUGGGGACAGAUGUAAUACUGAUAUACUCCUGGGCAAGCGGUGUGGUUUUAAAACUCUGCUUGUGCUCAGUGGGGUUUCCACAGUCAAUGAAAUAAACAGCUGGAAGGAAUCUUCUGAUGAAGAGCUCAGGCAGCUUGUGCCCGAUUUCUACAUCGGGAAACUGGGUGAUCUUUUACCAAUGAUGGAGUGAGAUGCACUUAAGUUCCAAUUUCAAACAAACACAAAAACAAAGGCAUGUGUACUUCUUUUCUGUCAACCCAACUAAACAUGUUCACUGUGAGGGAUUUCUAAAUCCCUUAUCCUAGGGUCAAGUCGCAGGGAAAGUGUUGUCUCUGUGCAACUCUCUCAGGUUUUGUCUAAACCACCUAUUCUUAGUGCAUUUAUGUAGUCUCACAUCAGUCUUUUCUACAUGUACUUUUGGCUUUUCAAGAUGUCAUGGCAUUUUCACUCUGGAUGAUAUAGAGUAGUGUUUUUCCAGGCAAAGUUUACUUCCAUACAUUCAGUGUCUACAAAGUUUUGAUUUUCCAAGUAUUCCAGCAUGGAUGAACCUGUUUUAUUCUUUCUUACGUUUUUCCUCUGUGAUUUUACGUCCAUCAGGGUGUAGAGAAAAUUGUUUUGGUGUAAGAUCUAAUGUUUUGAGAACCAAUAUGCAUAAUUUCAUGAAUACAUAGACCUUUUUUCCUUUCUGAA